GUCUAGUCAAAAUAUAAACAUUUAACAGUUACAGUUACGUACGUUAACGUUACAUGAAUUGAGGUUGAGUAGGACAUUAAAGAGUGAAGAGAGCUAAGAACAAGAUUAAGUACGUCCAAAAGGUUAGAAGUGGUUUUGCGGAGUAAUUUAACAUACAUAAGUAAAUACUUGAAUGUGCGUUCUUUGGUUGGUAAUAAGUAUAUAGUAUAGAAGCUAUACAGGUUUUAUACUUUUAACUUUACUACUUACAGCAGACACUCCAUUAUCUGCAAUCAUGCCAGUGGAAACGAUUCAGUAUUCAGAUAGAUAUUCUGAUGAAAAGUACGAAUAUAGACAUGUCAUUCUGCCUGUAGAUUUGGCCAAAAAGGUUCCAAAAAAUCAUCUAAUGACCGAAACCGAAUGGCGUAAUUUGGGAGUACAGCAAAGUCCAGGCUGGAUUCACUACAUGAUGCAUGGCCCAGAGCCUCAUGUCCUGCUCUUCAGAAGGGUGCGGACGGACGUCCCUUCUGCUGGGAACAGGCCAAACACCAAUGUUGCUGUCAGUGUUUCUUAGAUCUUUUUGAAUUAUUUUUAUUUCAGUAAAUUAAGAAAAAUGAGUUGUAUAAUGUGUUAACAUUUUUUAAUAACUAGUCAGUUGUGGUAAAUAAGAGACUAUUGUAAUACAUUGUUGUGUACUUUAAAAUAUUUUUGAAAUAUAAAGUUUAAUUUA